GAAAAAACAUCACUGACAACGCUGUCUUCCAAUAGGACCGAACGAGGGAAAAGUCGUAGCGUAAACUCGUCCUGUUAAGAAGGUUUAAAUACUUAAAGCAGCUACAGCAAUGGAGAGGAACCGUGUCAAAAUGCCUGUCUGACAUUAAAAGACAUAUAAGAUGCCCGGCUUAGUGUCAUGCCCCGGUGGUCUAAUAGUGAUUGGGAUACUCGCUCUAUCCUGUGUCCACGCCAACUCUGAGAUCUUGAGCAAUGAAGUUUCAGAUGUACAGUUUGGCACUCUGGGCUCCACCGUGACGCUAACUUGCAGAGGCUCUCACCAAGGGUCUGCGGUGGUAUGGACACACAAUGGGAGCUUAGUGCGGACGAGGCAGACUCACCCCGGCUGGGACGGCUCUCUGACGCUCACCAACACCACACGCAGCAUGGAGGGUAACUACAGCUGCCACAAGCCGAGAGGAGGAGCCCUACUGCAGAGCAUCACACUGCGCCUGGGCUAUGCCCCUGAAUAUCUGAGUGUCUCCUGUAAACUGCCAAGUCACUUCAAAAUGCUGUGCACGUGGACACAAAGAGUUAGGACACACUUACCCACCAAGUACAUCUCCUCAUACAGUGUGGAUAACAGCAGGCCGGAGCCCUGUGAACAAGAGCUGAUGGAUGUGAACGAGUGCACCAUCAGCAACCCUGUGUUCUGGGGCAGCAAACACCUAGUGAACAUCACGGAAGUGAAUCCACUCGGCUCCAAAUCCACCAUCGCUUAUGUGGACGUCAACAAAAAUUUAAAGCCUGAUGCUCCUGAGGAUCUGAUCUGCAAGCAAGUGGAUACCGAGCCCACGCAGCUGGUUGUACAGUGGAAGCCGCCCGCCUCGUGGCCCUCAGAUGUGUCCAACGCCUUUCCGCUGAAGUUCGAGCUGCAGUACAGACCUGUCGGCUCCAGAUUCUGGUCCAAGGUGGAGACAGAGGACACGAGUAUGGUGAUCAUGGACGCCCUGAUGGGUCACUUGCACCACAUCAGAGUACGAGCCCAGGACGCCUUUAUUAACCACAGCCAGUGGAGUGAGUGGAGUCAGGUGGUGCAGGCCCAGCCCUGGAGUGAUCUUUCCACUAUACCGGAAACCACCACAGAUUUUUUCGAGCCAAUCUUCCCUUCCACAUUUCCAGUGAAGGCAACAGAGAAGUCUCUAGCAGCUCUGACAGCAGUGCCAGUUGUAAAUCAAGAUCCAUCGUUUGAUGAAAAUGGACGUCAGGUCUUGAUCGCCCUUGGCCUACUGGCAGCAGUAAUGGUGGUGGUGGUGUUUACGAUCACAGUCCUACUAUGUGUGAGGAACAGGAGGCGGGGCAACAUGACAAAACAGGAACUUACCUCAAUGGUGAAGAUGAAGUCCUUGCUAAUCUAAAGUUUUCAGGUUGGCCUCGUCUUUUUCAGCCCUCAUAGGGCUUCAUCAUAGGGAGUCACGGCCACUGCCACUGCAGCGCUGAUAGACACUACAAUACCCACGGUUUCACUUUCCUCCUGUCGCUGCUUGGGGAAUUGGCUCCUUUCAGUGGAGUUCUGAGUCCCAUAAACUGUGAACCCUUCCAAUGUAGCACAACAGAAAACAGAUACUGGCUUUCAUUGUUUGACGUGCAAAGCAAAUUUUUGCCAGCUUUGGACCAUGAACACCAGCACAUUUUAAACUCGGUGUGCCAGCACUUAUCCAUCGCUUCAGCUUUUCCAUGCAGACUCGUGCCAUUUGGCUGCAGUGACACUUGGAACGCUGUGAAGAAAGAGGGGAAAAAAAUAAAACAGGCAUGGCUGUUAACCAGUCAUGGGCCAUGUUUUGGGCAUUAAGAAUAAAGUUGGCAUUCUCUACAUUUCAAUGCAAGGGACAGAGCUCCCGAACCUAAACCUAGCUGCUACAUGCGGACAAGAGACGUUUUGCAGCCCGAGGAAAGCUGAGCAUUUCGAGGAGUUUGUAUCCUGUUCACAUUGAGAUGAAGAUUUCCGCGCCACAUAAUUUCUUCAGCCUUUUAAAGCCUCAUCAUUUAAAAACAAGGUCGAAGCAUCUGCAAAUAAUCUCGGGCUUGAUUUGAACCCAAAGUUGCCUUUGAAAUAUACUGACUUCAGCAGUAAAAAAAAAAAUAUAUAUAUAUAUAUAUAAAAUCUCUUUUAGUGUUGUAGGCAGGGCCAAUAAUAACCAUCCUCUAGACCUCUACGACAGUAAGUUGGCAUCCUACGGACCACACAAUAAUAUUGGGCUCUGAAUCGAUGUGGUUAAUUGCUUUUACUUACCUCAAUUAGAAAUGCUUUGGGAAACGUGAAAAAUUUAUUUUCACUGAGCGUUGAAACAGAAAGUGAACAAAACUACUUGGCCUUGUAUUAACACACCCACUCAGGACAUUACCACAGCCAGAGCAGAGCUAGCAUCGAGCUUCUAGUGAGUGGACUGCACUGCACUGUACUGUACAUUUCAGUGUGUUCACUCUAUUAUUCAUUUCACUAUUAACCAUGGCAAUCUAUUAAGCUGGACAUCUGCUGAUGGUUUGUAUGGACACUGAUUAGCAUUUAAUGUGCAUAAACGUAAGGCAGCAGAA